AUGGGCAGUGAUUUGCCGGCUCCUGUAGCUACACAGCUCUGCUACGAGAACGUGAAUGGAUCCUGUGUCAAAACUUCCUACUCUCCAGGCCCCCGCCUGAUUCUGUACACAGUGUUUGGCUUUGGAUCUUUGCUGACUGUAUUUGGAAACUUCUUGGUGAUGAUUUCAGUUCUUCAUUUCAAGCAGCUGCACUCUCCGGGCAAUCUUCUCAUUGCCUCCCUGGCCUGUGCUGAUUUCUUGGUGGGAGUCACUGUGAUGCCCUUCAGUGCAGUGAGGUCUGUGGAGAGCUGCUGGUACUUUGGGGAGAGUUACUGUAAAUUUCACUCUUGUUUCGAUGGGUCGUUCUGUUAUGCUUCUAUCUACCACUUGUGUUUUAUUUCUCUCGAUAGAUAUAUUGCAAUCACUGACCCUCUGGUCUACCCAACCAGGUUCACUGCAUCUGUUUCUGGCAUUUGUAUUGCCUUUUCCUGGCUCCUUUCCAUUAUUUAUUCUUUUUCCCUUUUUGGCACAGGAGCAAAUGAAGUUGGGCUGGAGGAACUAGUAAGUGCUCUCACCUGUGUGGGAGGAUGUCAAGUUGCAGUGAAUCAAAGUUGGGUAUUGGUAAAUUUUCUAUUAUUUUUCAUACCCACGCUUGUGAUGAUGAUUGUUUACUCCAAGAUUUUCCUCAUUGCUAAACACCAGGCCAGAAAAAUUGAAAGUAUGAGCAAUAAAACUGUGAGAUCAUCAGAUAGUUACAAAGACAGAGUGGCCAAGAGGGAGAGAAAAGCCGCAAAAACACUGGGCAUCGCAGUGAUAACAUUUCUGAUUUCAUGGUCGCCAUACUUGAUUGGUACAAUAAUUGAUGCCUUCCUAGGUUUCAUCACACCCACCUAUAUUUAUGAAAUAUUAGUUUGGAUUGCUUACUAUAACUCAGCUAUGAACCCCUUGAUCUAUGCUGUAUUUUAUCCUUGGUUUCGAAAAGCCAUCAAACUAAUCAUCACUGGUCAAAUCUUAAGAGAGAAUUCCUCAACAAUAAGUUUAUUUUCUGAGUAG